GGCCCGGCCCGACCCAGCCCAGCCCGCCGGGGCCACCGCAGCCCUUGGGCAGCGGAGCUGCGGCAACAUCUGGAGACCCGGGGAGGUUUGAGCCACGCCGGCUGCCGUACGCCGGGAGGUGCUACCGCCUGCCUCCGCGCGGGGCGGCGGGACGGUUCCGGCCGCGUCAUGGAGCCCCCAUUGCCCGCCGCCGCCCUCCUCCUGCUUCCCUUACUGCUCGUCCCCUUGGCGCUCCUGGCGAGGAGGCGCCGCGGCCGGCGGACACCUCCCCUCAGGCUCCUGGUGGUAGCCGGCUCCGGUGGGCACACAACAGAAAUCCUGAGGUUACUUAGCUGUUUGUCAGAGUCGUACUCUCCUAGACAUUAUGUUUUUGCAGACUCAGAUGAGAUGAGUGAAGCUAAAAUACGUUCUUUUGAACAAAAAAGGGCUGAAACAUUCUCCAGUUCCCAGUUCACCCUUGAUCGCAUUCCCAGAAGCCGUGAGGUUAGACAAUCUUGGACCUCCUCUGUGGUAACAACUCUGUACUCCAUACUUUACUCCCUUCCUUUGACCUACAAACUGAAACCAGAUUUGAUAUUGUGCAAUGGACCAGGAACAUGUGUUCCUGUCUGUAUAUCUGCUCUUCUUCUUGGGCUUCUAGGAAUAAAGAGAGCAAUCAUUGUGUAUGUAGAGAGCAUCUGCCGCGUGGAAACUUUAUCCCUGUCUGGAAAGAUUCUUUACUACUUUUCAGAUUAUUUCAUCGUUCAGUGGCCUGAUCUAAAGGAAAAAUAUCCCAAGUCAGUAUAUCUUGGUCGAAUAGUAUAAUAACAGAAGACAAGCUUUACCUAAAAUAAACUCUGCAAGCUCUUCACUGAAGAAACACAUUCAUGUAGCAAUUUAUUUUUAAGGAUUCCUGUUAAGAAAUUAGGCUGGUACUGGAAAAGAAGACAAUAAUAAAGAUAUCUCUACAUCUAAGUACACUGUUGUGUCGUUGUAUUUAUUGCCAUCAUGUAGAUCUGUUCACCAAUACACCAUAAUGGCCUUAAGUCUAUGCUGUCUCUGUUUUCAUCUAGUUUUCCUGCUAUGUGAAUAGCAAUUUUUGUCUACAAAUAAAUAUGGGAAUUUGUAUGAAUGUAACAUUUCCUGUAAGGAAACUUUGUGUAGUUUUCUAAAUUGUAAGAAACAAAGUCUUGUUCUAGCACAACAGACUUUAUUUCCUGUAUGCUAGCAGUGAAGUCCCUUGUGAAUCCUUAGAGUAUAAAGGAAACAGUUAUAUUAAGUUGGCUUCAUGACAGUUUGUACUCUACAGUCUUCCAAAACCCCCAAAGCAUUAAACCAGUAUCGUUUUUCCUCUGGGCUUGUCAAAGCCGUCCUUAUAAUCUGUAGUGCACCUUUUGAAAAUUGUUGCUCACUUCUUAAGAUAAGUGAAAAGGUGCCAAGUGUCAUGCUACAGGCAACAGUACUUCUAGAUUUAAGAACUACUUUCUUCAAAGCUUACGUGCAAAAAUCCUGAGCAGGUUUACAUCAUGGAGAGCAAACUGUCACUUGGGAAAAUUGAACUGGUUCAGGCUCUAGAAUACAGAAAAGAAAAAAUAAAAUUGUUACUAUCAGUAAUAUGGGAAGGAACAGUUUCCCUUUCUUUUCCUGAUACAGUGAAUUUACUUUCAGUAUAUCCUGUUUUCUCAUUUUAAGCACCUUCCUUUCAGCAGUACAAUGUGCACUUAAGAUUUUGUCAUGGAAAAUGGUAUUCUGUACAUUGGAACAACUUUUAAAUAAAUGGUAUUUUGU